AGCAAAGUUAAAGCUUGUUGUUGGCUUUAUUCUUUCUUGGCCAUUAAAAAUAUUUCGUAUAAAGUUUCCUGGGCGUAUGAACGACGUUGUUGUGUGUCUUCUAUAAUAAAUAGCGUUUGUUGUGUAUACAAAUAAAUAAAAAAAGACGAAAAACAAGAAAAUAGAAAAUAAUAUUUUAAUUAUGAAAAAGAAAUAUGCAUGUGUAAAAGAAAAAUAAUCAAAAGGCAACAGAUUGUUGCGUAAAACACAAAACGGAAAACACAACAAAUUGUUGAAAUCAUAAAAAAAGAAAUUUAAAGAUUCACAGAAAAAAUUUGAUAAUAAAUUCUAAAGUGUUACAAAAACCAAUAACAAAAAAAUAAGUUUUGUAAUAAAACAAAAAGGUUUUAUUGUUCCUAACCAGUGAAGCAUAACAAAAAAGUGUCUAUAUAUAGUAAAAAGUGUCUACGGCUGAAUACUUAUAAAAUUCCAAUUGCAUGAGUGGAUAUUUAAAUAAAUAAGAAAAAAAAAAUUCGCAUUUCCUUCCUUUUUUUGUAUGUGUCCAGCAAAUUAAAUUUUCAUUUUAAAUUUAUCGGUGGUGCGUCAUCAUCGUCAACUACUCGUACCUUCACUUCAUAUAAUCCUGCUAAUACUUAUUGUUUUGUGUGGACACACAAGUAAUAUACUCUGUAUACAUUCUCCUACUUGGCCUGGUAACCUACACUAGACACCAAUAUUGGAUUACAAAACAACUUUCCGUUGUUUAUACUACUAAAGCUUCCUUUCUUUCCCAUUCCUUUCCUUCUCUCCCCUUUAUCCAUCCUAUAAACUUCGUUCCUCUUUUGUUCAUCCUGUGAUUUAAAGAUAAUAAAAGAAAAAACUAGAAAAAUAAGAUAAAAAUCCAAUUACUUAUUCCUCUUCUUUGUUGUGUGCUGCAAUAACGGUUCCAAAUAGCAAUAAAUUCAGUGGCCAUGGUGCGUUUAACACGUAAAGAACGUCAGGAUAAAGUCAAUCUCUUGGCGAGCAUCAAUAAAAUUGGUGAUGAGGUUGAGGCGACCGAUAAUGAUGGCUAUAAACAUACAGUUGAUGGUAAAAAUUUUUCAGAUCAUUCUAGUACUGAUUCAAUAUUCCUGAAAGGUCUCCUACUAAGUAAUCCAUCAACACCCAACAAGGAACUGUUGUUAAAUCCAAAAGAGCCCCAGCCAGUACCAGCUUUUUUGCCAGCACAUUUAAAUAAUAAACCUAUCUGUGACGAUAUAAUACGCAAAUUUUCACCCUCUAGACGUUUGGAAUCGAGAGAAUUAGCUAAACUUUUAGCACAACCACAUUUUCGGGCCCUCAUUCGUGCCCAUGAUGAAAUAGGUUAUCUCUACGAAGCCCGUUUAAAAGCAGCCGGUGGUUCUCUCACAAAACUCGAAGCGAUAUCACAACGUAAAACUGGUGGCUAUCUCUUUCCGACCGAACUGAUAAACAAUACAACGAUGCCUGUGGAAACCAUUAAAAUGGUUGGAUUGCGACGCAUUCCAAAUCAACCCUUAGGUUUAACCGUCGAAAUUGACGAACACAAACAACUAGUAGUGGCACGUAUAAUGGCGGGUGGUGUAAUCGAACAAGGUUUACUAAAUCCUGGCGAUGUAAUAUUAGAAGUUAAUGGAACUGCAGUACGUACCCCAGAGGAUUUACAAGUUGAGGUGUCGCGUGCUAAGGAGAAUUUAACAUUAAAAAUUGGUCCCAAUAUGGACGAGGAAAUACGUUCCGCACGCUUAAUAAGUGGCCAGGUAAAACAAAAUGGUGUUGCUAAAUUUGAGCCAGGCAAGAAAAUGACGAGUUACAUGCGUGCCUUAUUUUCCUAUAAUCCUUCAGAGGACUCUUUACUGCCCUGCAAGGAUAUUGGUUUGUCUUUCAAAUCCGGAGAUAUAUUACAGAUUAUCAAUGUAAAGGAUCCCAACUGGUGGCAAGCUAAAAAUAUAACUGCUCAAAGUGAACAAAUCGGUUUGAUACCUUCACAAGAACUAGAAGAAAGACGCAAGGCUUUCGUAGCACCUGAAGCUGAUUAUGUGCACAAAAUUGGUAUUUGUGGUACAAGGAUCUCAAAACGUAAACGUAAAACUAUGUAUCGUUCUGUAGCGAAUUGUGAAUUCGAUAAAGCUGAACUAAUGUUGUACGAAGAAGUAACACGUAUGCCACCAUUCCGUAGAAAAACUUUGGUAUUAAUUGGUGUCUCCGGCGUGGGAAGACGUACUCUCAAAAAUCGUUUAACUAACAGUGAUCCCGAUCGUUUUGGUUAUGUUUUACCUCAUACAACACGUCCCAAAAGAGCUUUGGAAGAGAAUGGCGUCUCCUAUUGGUUUGUCGAACGCGAAUGGAUGGAACAGGAAAUAAAAGAGAAUAGAUUUUUGGAAUAUGGUGAAAAUAAUGGCAAUUUAUAUGGCACUCAUAUACAAUCGAUUAAGGAUGUUAUAAAUAGCGGAAAAAUGUGUGUUUUGGAUUGUGCCCCAAAUGCUUUGAAAAUUUUACACAAUAGUCAAGAGUUGAUGCCAUUUGUUAUAUUUAUCGGUGCUCCCGGCAUGGAGCAAUUAAAAUUAAUUUAUAAUGAACGUCGUGCAACGGGUUCUAAUAAGAAUUUAACGUUUGAUCGUCAAAGUUCCAUACUUAGUUCCCGACGUGCUCGUACCUUGGAAUCUCUUGCAUCUCUUUAUGAGGAUGAUGAUUUAAUAGCCACUGUUGAAGAGAGUGCAUUUGUACAACGAAAAUAUGAGAAAUAUUUCGAUAUGGUCAUAAUCAAUGAAGAUUUCGAUGAUACGUUCCGUCAAGUGGUCGAAACUUUAGAUGAAAUGAGCCAUCAAGAGCAAUGGGUGCCAGUUAAUUGGAUCUAUUGAACAUUUUCAAAAUAAAAAACACAAACCACCAAUAAUAACAAUAUACACACAUUUUAAUGAAAACAAGAAACGAAUAAUUUUUAUUUAAAU